UUAAACAUUACCAUCGACCCAGUGAUCACACCGUUCACACGCAACCCACGUUUUACCUCCGAGGCGCGGAAUAGGGGCGAGGUCAAAGGAAAUUCUGGUCAAAUUACCCUCAUUUCUCCAGCGCAGUGACAGGGUCGCCAGGACGGAUUCCUGCGCUCGGCACGGGUCCUUUCCGUCUCAGCCAUUAAAAUAAUCCACAAUGAAGGCAGCCUAUGGGCAGAGAGCAGGACAGUGUGUUUGCGCUUAACGAGAUCUGAAGGUACACUCAGCGACUGCACUGUGUGUUUCGGUUGUGUCAUCAAAUGCACCAAGUUGUCUUUUGUUUGGAAAGGCCGAGAAAGACAAAUCUCACAUUUAUUUCAGGGAAUGGGCAGUUGCACGUGUGAACGCUCAUUUAAAGCAAAGUUUGGAGGCUGGAGACGAAUAUUCCUGCUGCUGCUGCUGCUCUCAUGAGUAAUAAAAUCAGAUUUAACACCCUGAAGAUGACGAGCUGUCAUCCUGAGCGGCGUUGAGACGACGGCUCAAUCCCCAAACGCCCGGAUGAGAGCAGCAGGCGACAUUCAGGGCAACAUGGUCGCAUGAGUGGGCCGAGUCGAGGGCGACCAUUCCUGGGGGACGACGGCCACUGCUGGAAUCUGUGACAUUCGACGCUGCCCACGGAGGGAGAGCGGUUCUGGGAAAAUACAGGCAGAGAUAGAGGCGUGGAGGCGGGGAGGAACGGCACAAUUCCCCUCGCGUGGUGUCCUAUUUCGUUGGUGAAGGACCGUGCAGACACGCUAUCUCACACUAAGCUAUGGAAUGCUCUCUGCACCCACCAUCACUAGUCUCCAAUCUUUGGACUGAGCUCCAAACGCUUAGUUAGCGGCUGUGCUUCUCCCCUCGAACUCUUUCUAACCAGGGGACGAAGAAAAGGAGCGGGCUUAACAAGUCCUCCGCUACAAACGCACACAGCACUUCUUGGUUUUUUUUCUUUCUCUUUUUUUAAAUAUUUAAACUAGUUUUUCUCCGCUUGGAUUUUUGUCUGGUGAAAUCACAUCAAGAUGGAUCUGGAACCGUACCUGUGGAUGGUGAUUAUCGGCUUCAUCAUUGCCUUCAUCCUGGCCUUUUCGGUGGGCGCCAAUGAUGUGGCCAAUUCCUUCGGCACGGCAGUGGGGUCCGGUGUGGUCACGUUGAAGCAGGCCUGCAUCCUGGCAUCGAUCUUUGAGACGCUGGGCUCAAUGCUGCUGGGGGCCAAAGUGGGCGAGACGAUUCGAAAGGGCAUCAUAGAUGUUAGCCUGUACAACGAAACGGUGCCCGUACUGAUGGCGGGGGAGGUCAGCGCCAUGGUCGGGUCAGCCGUCUGGCAGCUAAUCGCCUCCUUCCUCAAACUGCCGGUCUCUGGGACUCACUGCAUUGUUGGCGCCACCAUCGGCUUCUCCAUGGUGGCCAUCGGCACCAAGGGAGUGCAGUGGAUGCAGCUUGUCAAGAUUGUGGCAUCAUGGUUCAUCUCGCCUUUGCUCUCUGGACUCAUGUCUGGACUCCUCUUCAUGCUCAUCAGACACUUCAUCCUCAACAAGGAUGACUCUGUCCCUAACGGCCUGCGAGCGCUGCCCCUCUUCUAUGCGUCCACAAUUGGGAUCAACACUUUCUCCAUCUUGUACACUGGAGCCCCGUUGCUCGGGUUAGAGAUGCUGCCGAUGUGGGCCAUCUUCCUCAUCACUUUAGCUGAGUCGCUGGUCUGUGCUGCUCUAGUCUGGAUAUUCGUCUGUCCCUGGAUGAGGAGGAAAAUAGCAAGUCGUCUAAAGAAGGAGCAGGCUCUGUCCCGGAUCUCUGAUGAGAGCUUGGACAAGAUACCUGAAGAGGAGGAGGAGAGCCCAGUCUUUAAGGAACUACCGGGGGCCAAGGGCACAGACGAGGCCGUGCUGCCGCUCACGGGGGGCAGCAGUGAGCGGAGCACCCGCGACUCCAGUGGAGAACUCACCAACCUGGCUAAUGGAGGCACAGUCCUGCCUAACGGCAGGGUGUACGGCCGGACCCACUCGAUGACCAACGGCUGCCUCAAGUCACCCGUCUCUAAUGGCAGCUUCAGCUUCGAUGGCCACAUGCGCAGCGAUGGCCAGGUGUACCACACAGUGCACAAGGAUUCGGGUCUCUAUAAAGACCUGCUUCACAAAAUCCACCUGGGCCGCAUGGACGACAGCGACCGCUCAGGCUCCAACGCCGGCCCGGCUGACAACAACUACCGCCUGCUGCGCCGCAACAACAGCUACACCUGCUACACAGCAGCCAUAUGCGGCAUGCCCGUCCAGCCGCUCAUCCGCACGGAGUCGCGCGAGGACAGCGAGAAGUUGGUGGGAGAGGGAGGCGGCGGCAGGAGCAACAGCGUGUCCUACUCCAAGAAGAGGGUGCGCUACGACAGCUACUCGUCGUACUGUAAUGCCGUGGCGGAGGCUGAGAUCGAGGCAGAGGAGGGCGGGGUGGAGAUGAAGCUGGCCACAGAGCUGGAGGGGGUGGAGGAAGAAGGGGCUCCUGCUCCAGUGCCUCUAGAUGACUUGGCUGAGGAGGACCACGAGGAGAAGGAUAAGUCUGAGGUGUUCCUGCUGUUCCACUUUCUGCAGAUCCUCACUGCCUGCUUCGGCUCCUUCGCCCAUGGAGGAAAUGAUGUCAGUAAUGCCAUUGGGCCCCUGGUGGCGCUGUGGAUGAUCUACGACCAGGGCGGUGUGAUGCAGGACGCCGCCACUCCCGUCUGGCUGCUGUUUUACGGUGGUAUAGGCAUCUGUGCCGGCCUGUGGGUGUGGGGCCGCCGCGUCAUCCAGACCAUGGGCAAAGACCUGACUCCCAUCACCCCCUCAAGCGGAUUUUGCAUUGAAGUAAUGAGUGCGCUAACAGUGCUUGUUGCAUCAAAUGUGGGCAUCCCAAUAAGCUCCACCCACUGCAAGGUGGGCUCAGUGGUGGCCGUGGGUUGGAUCCGCUCCCAGAAGGCGGUGGACUGGCGCCUCUUCAGGAACAUCUUCCUGGCGUGGUUCGUCACGGUGCCCGUGGCCGGCCUGUUCAGCGCCGCCAUCAUGGCCCUGUUCGUCUACGGCAUCCUGCCCUUCGUGUGAGGGCACGCGGCCGGGAGGGAGAACAGAGGAAGAAGAAGAAGAGAGUCAGAGAGAGAGUGAAAGAGGGAAACUUGGGUAAAAAUCAUAGCUCAAGUGUCGGGGUUGCAGAUAAAGGAGAAGGAAAUAUAGAGAGGGAAAAGGGCAAGGGUGACGGGAGUUGAGAGGUUUACAGAUGGACUUGGUUGUACUGUGGAUGCGAGGAGGGUUGGUUCAUAUGCUGCCUGGCUCCGAGUCCAGAGAUCUUUUUGACUCAUUUGAGUUUCUGAUCGGUUUUUAUUUAUUCUCGUUUCGGGUGCAUAAGAAAGUGCGUAACCGGCAUGUUCAUUGUACCAUUCAAUCUGCUGUACAUAUGACAAUAAUAUAGGGAGAUUUCCAGUAACUCUUAACAAGAACUGUGGCUGUUGGAGAAACAGUGGCAGUCGUUUUCUGUCUCGUCAUUUAAAAAAAGAAAAAUCAUGAGUUAAAAAAAAUAAUUAAUCGAACGGUUAAUUCUGCACACCUAAACCGACAAACAUGCCUGUAUCAUUCUGCCUGCUAUCCCAGGUAGCAUAGUUGGUCAAGUGCUUAUUACUAUUGUUCCAAAAUGCCAGAAAAAAACCCCUGUACAUAUUGUUAUACUGGAUCGAGUGUGACUUGUUGUAGUGCGGCUUGCUUUAAAGUUAAAAAAUAAGAAAAGAUGUGCGUGUGGUCAACCAACCCAUCCCGUCAUCUCACUUUAAACAUGCUAGCCAGGUACAACUAGGGCCAAACGGAAAGUGGGUGGUGGGACUGUCACUCUGCUUUUUUAUUUUCCACAUGAUACCAUAGAAACCUGAUUUGCUAAAGAGUUGAUUUUUGUCAAGAGCUCCUGUAUGUUUUUAGAGAUGGAUCUCAUAUUUUUUAAUGAUGUAUUAUACUGUAAUUUGUACUGUAAAUACUGUCCUA